CCUGCACGAGUGAGGAGGUUGGGCUGAGUCCCAACUCCCAAGCCAAACGUUGCAGGUAGGCAUCUUCACCCCGCAUCCUCCUUAAGUUGGCGCCGUUGAGCUGUGAGCAUCCAUCGGAAACAAACCUCACUCGUACUCGGAGCUGGACCGUUGCUUCAACCACAACACAUCUAACAUAGCAUCAUGGAGCGUAGCUCAGAUGCUGCCGGCGAUGCUCCGCGAAAAGAUCGGCAGAGGGCAGCCAAGCCAAAGGCCAAAUCCGGGUGGAGCAACUGCAAUACUAUUAAGCAGACGAGAAUCAAAUGUGACGAGCAGCGGCCUGCGUGCGCAAACUGUUUGCGUUCCAAGAAGAUAUGCUCCGGCUACCCGCCGUUCACUCGUAGUCCAAGCCCACCCGAAGCUGUGCCAGCAGCAAUGGUCGACGAGUGGCGAUAUGCGCUAUCCCAUGACGGUGACCCAGAAUCUUCGUCUUUCCUGCACGAGGAGUAACAUUGGCUUGCGCGUCUCAGCGCCGCU